AUGAAGCUGGCUGCUCCAGGGAGUGGCCUGAGGGAGCUUCUGGACAAGAAAAACACAAGAGACAAGCUGACCCAUAUUACUCUGGAUGUCCUCAGCAAGGCCUGCAGCUGCCGGACCAACAGGUAUAACUUGCAGCACCUCCUCUCUGAGGUUAAGGACUCCCAGUUCCUGAAGACCACCAUCCCCAUGUUUGUGAGGACAAGAGGUGCAACAGUAGGCACGAAUGAUGAGAACACCGGGGAGCAGAAUAUAGCAAUAUUCAAGCAGAUUAUCAACCUGCACAUCACCCUGAUGAGUGUGUUCUCCUCUAGUACCAAUGUGCCCCUACUUGUGGUCCUCCUCGAGAAGGAGCUCACCCACUUGCAGCAAUCGGGGGUCGCCAUUGGAGAGGAUGUCAAGGAGAGCCUGGGGAAGCUCCAGAACAUGGCAGCCCACAUGCAGGAGAAGCGAGAUGGCACCCUUCGGUCAGGCAACUACUCCUUUCUGCUGGAGAGGCAGGAUGAGGAGGCCAUAGAGGACUUCAGGCUCAUGUCCGUCUUCCCCACGUAUGAGGACGUGCAUGCCACAGAGCUGCCGUUCCUGAGGUCUAACAUUGUGGGUCAGAAGUUUCAAGACGGUGAAACCUACCUGGACACACACUUCCGCCUGCUUCGCGAGGACUUUAUCAAACCACUCAGGGAUGGGAUCUCCCAACUGCUCCAAUUUGAGGGGAAGGACCUUCGCCAUGGACGUUUCAAUGACAUUCACAUCUACUUUAAUGUACAAAUCAUGGUGCCAGUGUGCACACCUAAGGGAAUUCUUUACCAGGUUAAAUUUGAUGAAAAGAACUCGAAAAACGUCAAAUGGGAGAGUUCCAAGAGGCUACUGUUUGGAGCCCUGGUGUGCCUAUCCAUGGAUGGCUUCAAGACAAUGAUUUUUGCCACUGUGGCCGACCGGGAUGUGAAAGAACUCCGGAAGGGUGUUACUGUUCUCUUUUUCACUGAAGAAAGCAAGAGGAAGUUGGCAGACUUGUCCCCGACUGAUGUGUUCCUCAUGGUGGAGAACACGGCCUUUUUUGAAGCUUACCGCCAUGUCCUGGAGGGUCUGCAGGAGAUGUCUGUGGAGGAACUACCUAUGCAGAGGUAUAUAGUCAGCUGUGAGAAAGACAUCUCUCCCCCUAAUUACCUUCUCGCCCAUCGGUGUGGUUACAGCCUCCAGGCACUGGAGAACAAGCGGCUGAAAAAAGACAUUACGAGAAAGAAAACUGUGAGGGACGUCUUGAACUUCAGUGACUGGCCCAGUAAAAAAACGCUUGGACUUGACAACUCACAGAUGAAAGCAGUGCAGCUGGCCCUCACCAAGGAGCUCGCCAUCAUUCAAGGCCCACCGGGAACAGGCAUUCUCAAGUUCAUGAGUAAAUCCUCAUUGUUGGUGCGAGUGGGAGGGAGAAGCUCAAGUGAAGCCCUAAAGAAGCUCUCUCUGGCUAAACUGAGGACACAACCCAACUUUAAGAAGAACCUGCCUGGUCACCUCAGAGCCAUGUACUCCAAGCUUGGCGGAGGAGGUUUGUUCCGCAGGAAAAAGGCCCAGUCCGUGAUGCUGGAUUGGCUGGGGAUUUCCAUGUUGAGUCACAGCUCCAGGCAAAUGGGUGAGAUGGACGGCGCGAGCGAUGUGACCAGCGUAACUACGGAAGGAGAUGGAGAUGUGGGAGACCCUCUUCAAGUGACUGAGGAGGCGGAGCAGAUGCAGGCAGAGAGAAUUAUGGAGGGGGACAACAUGCAGAAGUACAUCCACAGUGCCCUUGAGAGGAUGGCAGCCACACAGAGGGAGGUCCUUGCUUACAUGCCAAAGGAAGAUGAUGAUGAUGAUGAUGAUGAUGAGGAAGGGUGGGAGAUAACCCGAGAAAGGAAGAAGAAGCUGAAGAAUGAGGUGAAGCAGGAACUUAAGAAAAAGGACCACAUGCUCAAGAAGGAAGCAGAGCAGAUCACGGAUCUCUGGGGCCUGCCCUACAAGCAACGCUGGCAUCUCUACAGAGAAAUAAGGACCAGGCUCAUUUCUUAUGAGAAUGAGUACCAGACAAUUGUGAACCGGAUGGACGAGCUGAGACAGCAAAAGGACAAGACUGUUCUCAGGAGCGCCAGCGUCAUCGGAAUGACAACCACAUGUGCAGCACGAUGCAGGCGGGUUCUGCAGGAUAUCCAGCCCAGGAUAGUCGUGGUGGAGGAGGCAGCUGAGGUUCUGGAGGCCCACAUUAUCGCCGCACUCACCUCUGCCUGCCAGCACCUCAUACUGAUUGGAGACCACCAGCAGCUCCGCCCCAGCACUGCGGUGUAUGAGCUUGCCACAGAAUUUAACUUGGAUGUGUCCAUGUUUGAGAGGCUCGUUGAUAUGGGCGUCCCUUACGUCAGACUGGACUACCAGGGAGUAACAACAAAUGUCUUCUUUGUGGAUCAUGAUCAUCUGGAAGAGAACAUCCAGGAAGGCCAUAGCCGCCAGAACCUGCACGAGGCCACCUUUGUUAAAGCUCUGUGUAACUACCUGAUGUUGCAGGGCUAUGAACCCUCCCAGAUCACUGUCCUCACCACUUACAGUGGCCAGCUGCUCUGCCUGAAGAAGAUCAUGCCCAAGAGCACAUUUCAGGGUGUCAACCUCUGUGUGGUAGACAGCUACCAGGGUGAGGAAAAUGACAUUGUGAUACUCUCCUUAGUCAGAAGCAACAAGGAGGGAAAAGUGGGCUUCCUGAAAAUCCCCAACCGUGUGUGCGUGGCUCUGUCGAGAGCCAAGAAGGGCCUGUUCUGCAUCGGUAACAUGACCAUGCUUUCCUCAGUCCCACUGUGGAGCAAAAUCAUCAACGUGCUGAGCCGCAACAGGCAAGUGGGCAAGGCCCUGAUGCUGCGGUGCGAGAAUCAUCCUGCCACCAUCACAGCGGUGUCCAAGCCGGAGGACUUCCUCAAGGUGCCACUCGGGGGCUGCAGUGUGCCCUGCGAGUACCAGCUGGACUGCGGCCAUGUCUGCACCAGACUGUGCCACCCUACCGACUCAGACCACAAACUGUUCAAAUGCACACAGCCGUGCACCAAGACCCUGUGCCAGGAUGGGCACAGGUGCCCCAAGACGUGCUCCGAAGAGUGCGGCGAGUGCCAGGUGAUUGUCACCAAGACGGUGCCUAAGUGUGGCCACGAGCAGGAGGUCCCCUGCUCUCAAUCGCUGGACGGUUUCAUUUGCCGAGGCCCCUGCAACAAGACACUGCAGUGUGGUCACUUGUGCGUCCAAGGUUGCGGGGAGUCCUGCACGCUCAACUGUCCCCAAAGAGUGACGGUCCCUCUUGCCUGUGGCCACCAACAAGUCACGCAGUGUCACGUGAAGCAGGAGGCCGAUAAUAAGCAGGAGCAGAUUAAGUGCCGGAAGAAAUGCGAUGCCGAGCUGGAUUGUGGCCACAUCUGCUCAGGCAACUGCUUUCAGUGUGCGGGGGGAAGCGCACAUCUUCCAUGCGCCUCUCCUUGCAACGCUCAGCUGAUCUGCUUCCACCGGUGCCACAAGGGAUGCAACCAGGGAUGCGCACCCUGCACUAAGCCAUGUGAAACCCAAUGCUACCACAGCAAAAAAUGCCCAAAGCUGUGCUCAGAGGCCUGUCCGCCCUGCACUGCCCCCUGUGGCUGGCGUUGCAAGCACCACCAAUGCACUCGCUUGUGCCACGAGCCCUGCGACAGACCUCCGUGCGAGGUCGCCUGCUACAAGAAGCUGGAAUGCGGGCAUUCCUGCAUCGGUAUGUGCGGGGAGCCAUGCCCACAGAAGUGCCGCGUCUGCAAUGCUGAGGAGGUUUCAGAGCUGUUCUUCGGCAAAGAGGCCGAUCCCAAGGCCCGCUUUGUGCAGCUGACCGACUGCAAUCACAUCUUCGAGGUGACAGGGUUUGACUCCUGGAUGGCAUCGCCGGAGGAAAGCGGGGCCGUCAGACCAAAGUCCUGUCCCAAGUGCCGCAUCCCCGUCCGAAGGACCGUGCGCUACAAUGCUUUCAUUAAAAGCACACAGCUGGAUGUGGAGGUGAUGAAGAGGAAGGCUGCCGUGAUGCUGGCAGAGCACAUUCAAAGUGUCAUAAAGGAGAAAGAGAAGAUGGGGAUAAAAUCUCCCGAAAUCCCAACUCUGCUUUCCAAGUUGACAGAUGCCGACUUGGGAAGAGCGUCUAUGCCAAAGCUCAAUAUCCUGUACUGCCUGCCCAGGGAGUCACACCAGAGCAUCCAGGCCUAA